AUGGUGCCCUGCUGGAACCACGGCAACAUCACCCGUGCCAAGGCCGAGGAGCUGCUCUCGCGGACGGGCAAGGAUGGCAGCUUCCUGGUGCGCGCCAGCGAGUCCAUCUCCCGGGCCUACGCGCUCUGCGUGCUGUUCCGGAACUGCGUCUACACCUACAGAAUCUUGCCCAAUGAGGAGGGUAAAUUCACCGUCCAGGCGUCCGAGGGUGUCCCCAUGAGGCUCUUCACCAAGCUGGACCAGCUCAUCGAGUUCUACCGGAAGGAGAACAUGGGCCUGGUGACGCACCUGCAGUACCCGGUGCCGCAGGAGGAGGAGGAAGGCGGGGAAGAGCUGGAGGAGGAGCCAGAGGGUGUCCUGUGCCCGCCCGAGCUGCCGCCCAGGAACAUCCCCCCGGCCGCCGGGCCACCAGAGGUCAAGGAGCCACCCGUGGCCGUGGAGGGCGCGCGCACGGUCGAGGCGGGGCGGCCGACCCUGUCGGAGACGCUGCUGCAACGCCUGCAGACCACGGACACCAGCGGACUCUCCGAGGAGCAGCUGAGAGCCAUCCAGGACUACCUGAGCACCCAGCUGGCCCUGGACGCGGACGCGGUGCAGACCGGCGUGGGUGGCGCCCCCCAGCUGCAGAAGCUCGUGCUGCACCUCUGCAGGGACCUCCACGGCGAGGUGGUCAGGACCCUGCCCGCCCUGGAGUCUCUGCAAAGGUUGUUCGACCAGCAGCUGUCGCCCGGCCUCCGCCCACGGCCCCAGGCGUCCGGGGAAGCCAGUCCGGCCACCAUGGUGGCCAGGCUCAGCCAGCUGACCAGCCUGCUGUCCUCCAUUGAAGACAAGUUCAAGGCUCUGCUGCACGAGAGCCCCGAGGGACCCCACCGGCAUUCGCUCAUCCCCCCGGUCACCUUCGAGGUGAAGGCGGAGUCCCUAGGGAUCCCUCAGAAACUGCAGCUCAAGGUCGAUGUGGAGUCUGGGAAGCUGAUCAUCAAGAAGUCCAAGGACGGCUCCGAGGACAAGUUCUACGGCCACAAGAAAAUCUUGCAGCUCAUCAAGUCCCAGAAACUCCCCAACAAGCUGGUGAUCAUGGUGGAGACAGAGAAGGAGAAGACGCUGAGGAAGGAAUACAUUUUUGCCGACUCCAAAAAGCGUGAAGGCUUCUGCCAGCUCCUGCAGCAGAUGAAGAACAAGCACUCGGAGCAGCCCGAACCCGACAUGAUCACCAUCUUCAUCGGCACCUGGAACAUGGGUAACGCGCCUCCCCCCAAGAAGAUCACGUCCUGGUUUCUCUCCAAGGGGCAGGGCAAGACCCGGGACGACUCUGCCGACUACAUCCCGCACGACAUCUACGUGGUGGGCACGCAGGAGGACCCCCUGGGGGAGAAGGAGUGGCUGGAGACCCUCCGACACUCCCUGCAGGAGGUCACCAGCAUGACCUUCAAGACGGUCGCCGUCCACACCCUCUGGAACAUCCGUAUCGUGGUGCUGGCCAAGCCGGAGCACGAGAACCGGAUCAGCCACGUGUGCACAGACACUGUGAAGACCGGGAUCGCCAACACCCUGGGAAACAAGGGGGCCGUAGGGGUGUCGUUCAUGUUCAACGGGACCUCGCUGGGCUUCGUGAACAGUCACUUGACCUCGGGCAGCGAGAAGAAGCUCAGGCGGAACCAGAACUACAUGAACAUCCUGCGCUUCCUGACGCUGGGUGACAAGAAGCUGAGCCCCUUCAACAUCACGCACCGCUUCACGCACCUCUUCUGGCUCGGAGACCUCAACUACCGCGUGGACCUGCCCACCUGGGAGGCCGAGAGCAUCGUCCAGAAGAUCCGGCAGCAGCAGUUCUCGGACCUGCUGGCCCAUGACCAGCUCCUGCAGGAGCGGCGAGAGCAGAAGGUCUUUCUGCACUUCGAGGAGGAGGAGAUCACCUUCGCACCCACCUACCGCUUCGAGCGCAUGACCCGGGACAAGUACGCCUACACGAAGCAGAAAGCCACUGGGAUGAAGUACAACCUGCCCUCGUGGUGUGACCGUGUCCUCUGGAAGUCCUACCCGCGGGUGCACGUGCUGUGUCAGUCCUACGGCUGCACCACUGACAUCAUGACCAGCGACCACAGCCCCGUGUUUGCCACCUUCGAGGCCGGAGUCACCUCCCAGUUUGUGUCCAAGAAUGACCCCGGGACGGCCGACAGCCAGGGCCAGAUCGAGUUCCUCAGGUGCUUCGCCACCCUCAAGACCAAGUCCCAGACCAAGUUCUACCUGGAGUUCCACUCGAGCUGCCUGGAGAGCUUUGUCAAGAGCCAGGAAGGAGAGAAUGAAGAGGGCAGCGAGGGCGAGCUGGUGGUCCGCUUCAGCGAGACGCUGCCCAAGCUGACGCCCAUCAUCUCCGACCCCGAGUACCUGUUGGACCAGCACAUCCUCAUCAGCAUCAAGUCCUCCGACAGUGACGAGUCCUACGGUGAGGGCUGCAUCGCCCUGCGGCUGGAGGCCACGGAAACUCCCCUCCCCAUCCACACGCCCCUCACCCACCACGGCGAGAUGACGGGCCACUUCCGGGGGGAGAUCAAGCUGCAGACGUCCCAGGGCAAGAAGAGGGAGAAGCUCUAUGACUUCGUGAAGACGGAGCGGGACGAGGCCGGCGGCUCCAAGGCCCUGAGAAGCUUCAGCAGCCACGACCCCGUGAAGCAGUGGGACCCUGUCGGCAGGGCCCCUCCGGGCGGGGGUGCUUCCCUCACGGAGAUCCUCAACCCCAACUACAUGGGGGUGGCGCCCCACGGGCACCUGAAGCCGUCCCUGUCCCCCGACCACCAGCCCACGGCCUGGAGCUACGAGCCGCUGCUCAGGGACCCUCCGCUGGGGCCUGGACAUGGAGACGCCCCCCCCACCCCGCCCUGCCAGCCCCCGAUCUCCCCCAAGAAGAUCCCCGCCGCGGGCCGGGGGCCCGGCUCCAGGACGCAGGAGGGCAGGCCCAGCGGCGUGGGGAAGAGUCCGGGGGACCCCCCGCCUCCAGAGGACCCCCUGGCCAAGCCCGAGAUGUUCGAGAACCCACUGUACGGGUCGGUGAGCUCCUUCCCGAAGCCGGCCCCCAGGAAAGAGCAGGAGUCCCCCAAAACCGUGCGCAAGGAGCCGCCGUCCUGCCCGGACCCCGGCAGCCUGCUCGCCAAGGCCCCGGACCCCGACGCCACCAAGGGGACCAGCAAGCCGUCUUCGGGGCCCUUCGCCGUCAGCCCCACGCCCCGGGUGCGCUCCUUCACCUGCUCGGGCACCGCGGGCGGCGACAAGGGCCCCGGGAAGCCCAAGGGCCCCGCGGGGACUCCGGUUCCCGUGCCCGCCAAGAGGCCCGUCAAGCCCUCCCGGUCGGACCUGAGCCAGCCCACAGCCCCCGGCUCCGGCCCGCGGCCCCCGCUGCCUGCCAAGAGCCCCGCGGUCCUGCACCUGCAGCACGGACACGGCCGCGACUACCGCGACAACACCGAGCUGCCACAUCACACCAAGCACCGGCCCGAAGAGCCACUCGGCAGAGCACUGCCGUGAAAGCCCAGACCGGCCAGCAGACAGGAGCCCUGACAUCCUCCCA